AUGGCCCUCCAUUUUCACCCAAACGCCUCAGCACAACAGCUGGCCGAUGUCAUUCCGCAUGGAUUGGCAAUUCUAGAUCGCAACCUUAAUAUAAUCUCCGAGAACAAAAAGUUUCGAGUUCUGAUUCCUUUCUCAAAUGCUAAUUUUCAGACUCGCUGGUUACAAGCAGUGCACCCAGAUGACGUUAGAAGGGCGAAUGCAUCGCUUCAAGAAUGUAUGCAAUCUGAAGCAGCUAUGCGAGCAGAGUAUCAAAUUCGAGACCAGGAAAAUUGGUGUGCUCUGACUUUAGACUCCCUGCUUGCGACCGGGCAGAGUUUCGGCCUUGGUGGCAAUGGUGGCUUCAUCGUCACGGUUUCGGAUAUCACUCCCGAGAAAAAAGCCGAGUUAUCCCAAAGAAAACUUGUCAAGGAUGCAGAGGAGCAUAAGCAACUCCAAGAAAGAUUUAUUGAUAUGAUCAGUCAUGAAAUACGGAACCCCCUAUCGGCAAUGCUCCACUGCACUGAGGAUAUCAUGGAGGCAACGCUUGCUGAAGAGCAUCAUACAUUGUCGUUUUCCCGCAUCAAGAAGUCUGCAGAAACAAUCAGUCUUUGCAUCUCCCACCAGAAAAAGAUCCUCGAUGAUGUCCUUACGUUUUCGAAAAUUGACGCAUCUAUGCUGCUUCUGUCGCCCCGAAGAGUUCAACCAAAGUUAUACUUUAAAGAUCCGAUCUCUCUUUUUCAUCCCCAAUUUUAUAAAAACAAUAUUCAAUUUGACUACCAGUCUGACAAGUCAUAUACGGGAUGUGGAGUGGACUGGGUAGUCGCAGACCUGGAUAGGAUGAGCCAGGUCCUCAUCAACCUUCUCUCAAAUGCCAUAAAAUUUACAGCCAAAUCAGACGACCGACGAAGAAUACGCGUAUCAAUAGGUGCUUCACAAGACCGGCCUUCAUCAUACCCACCAAACGUUGUAUUUUUUCGAUCUGGCGAGACCGCACUCAGCCUCGAUAAGACAUCCUCGCCUGAGUGGGGAGAUGGAGAUUAUGCUUACAUCAUGCUCGCAGUGAAAGAUACCGGGAUCGGCAUCAGCAAUGAUUCUCAGAUGCGUCUUUUUGAAAGAUUCAAUCAAGCUACUCCCAAGACGGAAAAAAUAUAUGGCGGCUCUGGUCUGGGUCUUAACGUCAGCAGAAAGCUUUGCCAUCUUCACGGCGGCGAAAUUGGUGUCAGUUCCAAAGAAGGCCAAGGAAGUACUUUUGGAUUUUUCUUUCGUGUGCGCAAGACAACGGGUAAUUGGAAAGACAACCUUGGUACCAAAAACAUAUCGGAAUUCGACAAAGUAUGCUCCGAUAUUCAGUCUCUAAGUGUGCAGCCUCACAAGGGUGGAGAGCUGACUUCUGAAGUUCGAAUCCCACGCGAUCCACCCGAAAGACACAUUGAAGAACUGAGCCAGAUAGCUUCUCCUGACGAACGAACGAGGAAUACCCGUGUCAUCGCACAAAAGGCAAUUGCUCGUAUUGGUGAAAUUGAUCUAAAAAACACUAUUGUUCGAAGCAUACUUGUCGUCGAAGACAAUAUUAUCAAUAGAGAAAUCCUAUCUAAGAAAUUACGUUCCCUAGGAUUUCGUGUUAUUGAGGCAACAAAUGGCUUGGAAGCUCUUGAAGUCUUCCAAAAUCAAAGAGCUGAUUGUAUUCUUAUGGACCAAGAAAUGCCAAUGAUGGAUGGAAACGAAGCAACAAAACAUAUUCGGGCACUCGAGAAAGAAAGUCAAAAUCACAUUCCGAUCCUAGGUGUGACAGCGAAUGCCAGACUGGCUCAGAGAACAGAAAUGAUUGAGGCCGGGAUGGAUGAUGUAAUACACAAGCCUUUUCGGACUGAAGAAAUCAUUGCAAAGAUCAGCCAGUUCGUUCCAACAAAACUAGAAAUGCAAACAGAUUGA